AUGUGCUGCAACUACUACGGGAACUCCUACGGGGGCUGUGGCUACGGCUCUGGCUAUGGCUGUGGCUAUGGCUCUGGCUAUGGCUGCGGCUGUGGCUAUGGCUCUGGCUAUGGCUGUGGCUAUGGAUCUGGCUACGGCUGUGGCUAUGGAUCCAGAUAUGGCUGUGGCUAUGGAUCUGGCUAUGGCUGUGGCUAUGGCUCUGGCUAUGGCAGUGGCUGCUGUACCUUCCGACCAUCCUGCUACCAACGAUGCUAUUCCUCUUGCUGCUAG